AUGCAUGCCCUCACACUCUCCUAUUCACAACUAAGGCCAAUCCCAUCAUUACCAUCUGCUGCAAAACCUGCACAUCCCAGCCUGACAGACUCGCAGAAAGCAGACGGGGACAACAAAUCCAGAGCUAAAGAGUACUGUAAAGUCACUUACUCUUAUAAUGCUACUAAUGAGGAUGAGUUGAGCCUAAAGGAAGGUGAAGUCAUCCACAUCCUAAGCAAGGACACAGGCGAGCCAGGAUGGUGGAGGGGUGAGGUCGGCGGCAGAGAAGGUGUCUUCCCUGACAACUUUGUUGUCAUGCUGUCUGAGGCAGAGAAAGAGGCUUCCAUAUCAAGAGGGUCAAUGAAAUCAUCGCCUAAACAGGAGUCAGAAGAGAAACCGAAGAAACCCCCUCCACCGUCAAAAAACAUAGCUACCAAGCCUGAGGUUCCAAGCACUGACAGGAAACCUCAUCCCAUCAGGCUGGAGGACAAAGUUGACAGGCCAACAACAGACCACAAGCCAUCAAAGCCUGCAGCACCUGUGGUCCCACCUAAGAAGCCAGUCCCUCCUCCUGGGAAAGGCAGACCAGGGGCUCUUCCACCAAAACGGCCCGACAAGCCUCUCGCUCACUCGCCAAAUCUCAAGCACAAUGGAGAGGUGCCUUCUACACGACCAAAGUCUGACUUUGAGCCAAUGUUGCCCACCAAACCAAAAACGAUGUCUGGGGACUGGGGGGAGAAGUCUUCAGAGAUAGAUCUGAUGAGUUUUGACGAGUUGUCAUCUACCUCUGAGAAGCUCUCUCACCCCACUGCAAACAGACCAAGGAUGCCUGGAAGGAGGCUGCCUGCUCAGUUUGGUGGAGGACAUUCGCCAAACAAGGAGGUGAGUGUGGAGAAAUCGUUUAAGACUGAUGAAGAGGAUGCAGCCAAACCAAAGCUUACAGAAACCAGAAAGCCUUCAGGUAACACCUUAUCCCAGUCACCAUUGCACAAGGUUGCCAUGACCAGCACUGAGGCCAAGCCCAAUCCUUCAGCAGCCUCCAACUCCAACAGUGCAUCACAGGACAGCCGAGCCCAGCAGGAUCCAGACAACUCAAACUCACAGCUGGAUGAACUUAGGAGCCAGAUGAAGGAGCUGCUGAUGUCUGUGGAACUACUCAAGACCCAGCAAAUGAAAGAGAUAGCAGAGCUGCGAGGAGAACUGGACGAGGAGAGGCUAAAGAGAAUGGCCCUGCAGAUGGAGAUAGAAAAACUAAAGCGGACUGUCCACUCGACGUGAAGCUUGCUCACCAAUCAAAUAUGAGCCUCAGAGUCGGCUGCUGGCCUGUUCACCAGUGAGAGUUGGGCGAUGGGACGAACACGUAAAUGGAUGGAGAAAGGGUGGAAUAUUGGAUGAAACUUAAGCACAAUUCUUUCAGUGCUCUUCAAAACUAAACUCUCCUGAUAUUUGUAAAAUUUACAUUUUGCACAUAUAUUUUUUUCAAGCUAGAUGUAAUUUAGUCACAGAUGUAUAUGUUUCUCUUUUGACUUUCACUUAAUUUUGCCAACACAAAAACUGAGGCCUUACUUCAAAUGAUUGAGCAGAGUUUCGGGCUCUGCCACAGCUCUCCCCUUCGCUUUGGUGUUCCUUGAGGGGAAACAUGCUCUCUGUACUACUGACUUUGUGUAAAGCUGGGGACUUCUGCUGUCCUCACUUAGUUUUCUUUCUCAGAUUUUUAAUGAUGCACAGAUAUUUGUGAUUUUUUUUAUUAAGAAGCUGUUUAAUUUCCUUUAAAAUCUUUCAAUCCUAAAUUGAAUUAUUUUCAUGCUGACAUGCUCCUGUCAGCAGUACUCAACUCCACAGCUGCAGCGCUUGUUGAUUUUUGUCUUUUCUAUGGUUUCUUGCAUUCCUAUCCAGGGUUACACUACUGUGCCUCUUAUAAACUGAAUUAUAUAAGGUGUCUGUAACGGGAGAUUACUGUAUACCAUGAUGGUGUCUGGAAACGUUGCAGCAUGAUAUUGUAUAUCUAUAUUUUUUAAGUCUACUGACAUGCCUAGUCAAAUACUAAUAAGAAAGCCUCUUCUAGGCUGAUAUAUUCUAUUUUUGUCAAACCUUCUCUUGCUGGGAUUAUUCUCAGAAAUAUAGCCAGAACUCAGAUUGAGUCCAUAUACAAACUAGGUUGCCGACCAACUCCAUGGCAUGUUUAUCAUAAAAGUAGCCUGGUUGUAAUCAUCUCUGCAACCGUCUCAGCCUUUUCAGUUUUAAUCUGGCAAAAAAAAACUCUUGAUACCUAUCCUGAGCCCAGUCUACCUCUCUUGUUCAUUCUCUAAACCCUUUUUAGGAACCCUCUGUUCAUGCUCCGUAACAUUUACCCUGUCAUUUUUUUGAAUGUCUGUCUUCUCGUCUACGUCUCGCCACAUUCCAAGUACACAGGUGGAGCUUACUGGAAGCACUAACAAUGACAUAAACUCACAUUCUCUCUCUAUCCUAAAUGGCUGAAGAUGAAUGAAAGUGUUUGAAGCCCCGUGUGUAGAAUCUUUAUGCGAAUAUAUUUUCCUACAAACUGAUGCUCAGAGGUCUUGUAUGUAAAAAAAAAAAAAAAAAAAGAGACAAUCCUGCGUGUCUGUAGCUCUCUGUUUAGCCGGUGCAAUCAGCUGAUGAAUUACUGUCAGGUAAUUGUUUGGUCACGCUGUAAUGUGCUGAAUAAUUUUGUGUAGAUUGCCAUGAAAUUUUUUGCAGUCAUAGUCCACAAAGACAACAUAAUUGGUCCCUGGUUUUAUGUGUUGCCCCCAACCCAGCGAAAGUGUUGUAUCUUAGAGUGCCUGGCUCGUCACACAGCUGGAUAAUCUCACUUAAUGUGGCCAUGUGUACAUCCACGUCACUGCAGCAGAGCCAGCAGCACUUUACUUUGAAGCAGGCUUUUACACCCUGCCUGAGUUAGCUCUGUAAAAUGCCCUCAUGACCAAUGACUUUCCCAUCAGCCUCAGAGGUUAAUCACCUCUGGGAGCUGGCAAAUGUUUGCACAGUACCAAUCCAAACGUGUUUGACUAAAAUCAACCACACCUGUCAAGUAUCUGCAUUAGGGAUGUGUGCUAUCAUAAGUUAUUGGUAAAUGUUUUAGGCAGUAAAUCUGCCUACAUCAACCGUAAAUAUUGGCCGUAUGAACAAAUUAGUUGGUGAAGUUUUAGGCAGGACUAACAGCCCUACUUUAGCUACAGUCUUAUUCUACAUUCAUCAUCAUUCCUUACACUUGAAAUUAUUUUUAAGGACUGAAAUGUGCUAAUUUGUUUAUCCUCAAACUUUAAAAUGUGUUUCAGGUCUGAGCUACAUCCAAAUAUCUGUUGAUAUCCAUAUCUGCAAUAUUUGUUUAGUAAAUAUCGGCAUAUCGGAUAUUGGCAAAAAUCCAAUAUUGUACAUCCUUAAUCAGCCUCUGUAAUGUUGCUACAAAAUCUUUUAGAUUGACUUAAAGGGGACAUAUUAUGCAAAAAUCCUUUUUUCAGGCUUUUUAACAGCAAUACGUGCCUCUGGCCUGUCCACAAUCCCCUCAAGUACCAGAAAAAUCCAUUCCCCCUCUCUUUUUC